AUGGCAGACGUGCCCACCUCUCAAGGUCUUGAGAUGGGGGACCAGGCAACGAGGCCACUACCUGCGGAGCCGAUAGACCUGGAGCUACCCCCUAUGUCUGCGUCGGUGGCCGUCCUGGCGCCUGCGGCCGGAGUUUCGAUGGCUUCCGCCCACGACAAUGCGGAAAGCGGCGGCGUCGUUAGCUGCCCGCCAGGGGAGCACCAACAGGAGCAAGAAGGCCGGGGGCCCACUCAAUCCUCCCCAGGGACGAUUCUGAGAGAGGGGAAGCAACGGCAGCACCACCAGCAAGAACAACGACAACAACAGCGGCAACACCAUCAAGACCCGCAGCAGCAAGGUUUUCUGCCAUCUGAGCUGCCUCCAGACACCACCAUCGAGGACGCGUCAACGGCACCGCGACCUGGUGACUACGUGUUCGUCGACGGCCUUCGACUGGUUAAGCCGUACUAUUUUGACUUCAAGUGUUUCGUCAAGAAGCGGCAGGACGGCAAGCCACUGAUGCAGCUCAUGGCGGAGGAGUUCCCCAUGUUGUCCCCCGAGUAUUACCGUGAGGCUGUGGCCUCGGGUCGACUGCGCAUGGAGCCAUCCUCGUGCUGCCCGGGACGGGGCGGGGCGGAGGGAGGGAAGGGAAAGGGGAGGGGCGGAGGUGGGAUCUGGACGCCUGAGCGGCCGCUGCGUGCGGGUAUGUGCAUCCGGCACUUCAUCCACCGCCACGAGCCCCCCGUGCUGGCGGGGGAGGUGCAGAUCCUUGGGAUUACGGAUGACUUCGUGGCGGUCAACAAGCCCGCCUGUUUGCCCGUGCACACAGUGGGGCAAUACCGCAAGAACACCGUGAUGGGAGUGAUGCAGGCCAUGUAUCCCCGGCUGUGGCCCCUCUACCCGACCUACCGGCUGGACAAGCCCGUCAGCGGGGUGCUGCUGCUGGCCAGGAGUAGCGCAGUGGCGGCCCGGAUGAGGGUGCUGCUGGAGGAGCGGGGCUGCUCCAAGGCCUAUGUGGCCCGAGUGCAGGGGGUGUUUCCGGACACUGACGCGGCGGGGGGCCCCUUGGUGGUGGAUGUGCCUCUGGGCUGGGAGGCCAAGACCAACCACGCCACGCCGGUACCCCGGGAGGCUGUGGAGGCGGCCGCGGCGGGGGGGCCUCUGCCGCCUGGGCUGAACCCCGAGCUGGCGGCCAGUGCCAAACCCGCGGAGACGCACUUCCGGAGGCUGAGUGUGGCCCCGGAUGGGUUGACAAGUGUGGUCGAGGCGGUUCCCAAGACUGGUCGCACACACCAAAUCCGAGUACACUUGCAGCAUCUGGGACACCCCAUCGCCAACGACACGCAGUACGGCGGAUUGUACGGGCUGCCGCUGUUCUUCCGGCGGGGCAUGGGCGGUCCGGCGCGCCCGCACGUCAACGGGCAGCGCAGGCGGCUGGCGGAGGCAGGCACGGAGGGGGAAGCCGCUGCCCUGGUCGCCGCCGCAGAGGGCUGCGAGGUAGUUACAGCCCCGGGCUCAAGGUCGAAUGACAGUCCUGUUGCAGCGGGCGUUGCCGGGUGCGGUGAGCAGCUGGUCCCCGCUAGCUCAGCCUCCAGUCCGAAAAACCAUGCAAGCAAGUGUGCAGGGACAGGGACGAUGUCGGCGUCGGCGUUGGCACCCGUGCCACAUAAGCGGCAAAGACGGUGCGAUGACGGGCAGCGCAGCAGCGGCGGAAGCGAUGGCGGAGGCAGCUGUAUGACAGGAAGUUGCUCAGCGGCCGCGGCCGCGGAGGCGGAGGCGGAGGCGGAGGGGGAGGCGGACGCGAUGGCGGCAGGGCCCAACGGCAGGGCGGAGCUGGUGGCGGCCUCUUCAGAGCGCUACGUGCAGCUGUACACCCUGCCGCAAUUUCAGGUCCCCGGGGGCUCCGCUGACCCGCUUUGCCCGCACUGCCCUUGCCUGGUGCCCGAGGGCUACCCCAUCGACCUGGAGCCCCUCUACCUGCACGCAGCAAGGUAUGCCGGCCCCAGCAGCACCAACGGUUGCGAGGCGGCGCGGGCCCGGGCAGCUGGAUCAAAGGUCCAGGAUCACCGCACACCUGUGCGCCUGGCCGAUGGCCUGCACACGUUCCGCGUGCCUAAAGGGACAACGCGCCUGGGCAUCAUGAACCCCUGGGGCAACUGAAAGAUGGAACGUAAGUUGACCUUUGUAUUGGCAGCGCUUCAACGAGCCUUACUACGUUUGUGGCCCAGUCCUUGUCCGCCAGACUUGACGGCACUGCAAACCACCGUUGUCCGCCCACUCAGUGCUCAGGUAAUCAGCACUCCACCGCGGCUGCCUGCAGGCUUUCAGCUUCGGCCCGCAACCUCUACGUCCCAACAAAAUAUAUGCUUCUACUAUGUACAGGAAUGAAUCAACGCAAGGGGCUGCUUCCAAGCGAACCCGUCCGCGCACACCCACAUCACGCCUUUAAUCGCAUGAGCUCCGUCGGCCCAUCGCCUCGAGCAUCCUACACGCACUGUCGCCCUCCGCCUUCGCGC